GAUUGAUAGAUAGCGUGUGGGACCCACCAUAUUUCGGUCAUGUUACUUGACCGAAAUGCUGCUAAGAAUUUUGUAUGCUCUUUUGCCACAAUUGUAAAAUUUGGAGAGUUGCAAAGAUCUUUUGUUAUUGAUCCUGUUGGUCUCUACAGCAUAGCUGGUUGAGAAAUUUGUUCUGUUUGUCACAUGACCAGUGGAAGAUGGGCAAACCCUCUACGUUGUAAGAGAUUCAAGGCUAUUUUAGCAAAUGUUGUGUGUUUUCUAGAUGCGUUUUAGGAGCUGGAUAACUUGGUAAUUUCGUUGCUCAUUAUCUUUCUAAAAGUCUUAUAGUGAAGUUUCACUUUUUCCAUUUGGAGCUUCAUGGUCUUUUCAUGUGGCUCAUUUUUCUAUAUUGGUUAAUCAAAAAUAGUGAUCAAUUCAAUUGAAAUUGCCUUGUUUUUGUGAAGAUUGGCAAGCUAUCAUAAAGUUAAACUCUCUAUUGUUGCUAAUCUCUACAUUCUUGAUACCUGGAAAUUGCUUGAAACUCUUGAAAUCCAUCUUGCAUCUUUUUUGAGAUUGCUUUGUACUUAUUCUUGAAACUAAAAUCCAAAGGAAAUGGAUAAUGAUUAUUGAAUUCCUCAUUAUCUUGAUAUUCGUCUAAAAUUAAUUCUUGCACUGUUCUUGGAAUCUAUUUUGAAUUGUCCUUGAAAACCAUUCUUGUCCUGACCCUUGCUCUUGUUCAAAUUCUGUAUACUGCUCUUGCGCAAAUCCUGCAUAUUCUGCUAGUUCUUGUUUUAGUAUAUCUGUUGAUCUUCUUGAUUUUUGAUUUUUUGUUCAUAUGGACACCUCUUUAGGAGGGGUGAUGAUUAUUAGAAGAUAACUAUAUGAGGCAUCCUCAUUCUUGUCUCUUGCAAGUGUUAAUCUUUGUAUUCUUGAUGUCUUAGCUUUGACUUGACUUUAGGAUGACUUGAUUGUAAAUCUGCUUAGCCUUCAUGGGCUACGAGGUGAAAGGGUAGUCUUUGAAGUACCUGAUGCCCUAGAGUUUGGUUCCAAGAGAAAUGGUUCUUUAUCUGGUUGCUUUGAUUUUUGUUUGCCCUUUUAAUUAGAAGACAGUAAUCUUCUAAGUAUCCUGAUCCCCACUAUUGAGUAUUCUGUUAAUUAAUUCCUGUUACUUGG